AUUAAAGGCAUUUCUGGAACCGAAAACAUCAGACCGAACCAGAUACCAAGUCACUCGCCAGCCGCCACCAUUGACUUCGAUUCGAUUCGCAAACUACCCAAGCAAGUAUGCCGUCUCUGCAAACCGCCCUGCCUCCUGAGCUUGCUAACAAUGCCAUCAGACUUUACCGUGAGUGUAUUCGAAGAGCCAAGUAUGUCGGUCAUCGGCAACACAAUACAGAACUUGUUGUUGAUAUGGUGCGGCAGCAGUUCAAGAAAAAUAUGCAUGAGACUGAUCCCGAUAAGAUUCAAAAGUGCAAGGAUGAUGCUGCAAGGGGACUUAUAAAUCACAUACUUUUCGAGUCAGAGAAGAUGUCUGGCCGUAAAUUCAGCAAGACCUAGAGCUGAUUUCAAUUCCUCUCUCUCUCUCUCUCUCUCUCUCUGAGAUUUCAGUUUUGUUGUAUUGGGAUAAGACUGGCAGUAAAAUAAAUGAUAAAUUGAUAACAAUGUAAGCUUCAAUGCU